AUUGCUUGGCCCCGUGGAUUCUCCAGUAGGGGGUUCCACAGGGGUCAGUUCUGUCCCCCAUGCUGUUCAACAUCUACUGUUGGGUGUGGUCAUCCGGAGUUUUGGAGUGCGUUGCCAUCAGUACGCUGAUGACGCGCAGCUCUAUUUCUCCUUCUCAUCCUCUUCAGGUGAGGCUGUCAAUGUGCUGAACCGGUGCCUGGGUGUGACAAUGGACUGGAUGAGGGCUAAUAAACUUAGGCUCAAUCCAGACAAGACUGAGAUGCUGCUAGUGGGUAGUUCUUCUGACCAGAUGGUGGAUGCCCAACCUGUCCUGGAUGGGGUCACACUCCCCCAAAGAAGCAGAGAAAAAUAUUUCCAUUCAAAACAAAGCAGAUCUGACGCAGGGAAAGCGGCAUCCACGUCGGUUUCCAGGGCCGGGACACAAAUUUAGAUAUAACAAUGGAGCAAGAUUCCACUUGCCCUGAACCAGAGGUGGAAUCGCACGGAAUAGAAGGCUUCUUGAGACCUGCAAUGCAACAGAAGGUGAAAGAGGAGAGGGAGGACGGAUUGGGGCUGCUCUGGGAUGCCCAAUGGCAGACGUUCCUCAAGGCAAUUGAGGCUCCCCGUCCUGGAAACAGAGACCUGGCAGAGACUGUGGCUUGGAGGGAUCUUACCGCUUCUGUGGACUUCUGGGCGGAAAGAGCUGAGCCUAGCUCAGGGGCUCAGUACCACCUGGCUCUCAAUGGAGUGACAAAGCAGGCCCAAAACAGGCCAGGAUUCAGAGGUCUGGGGGAUUGUGGGCAAGUGAAGGAGGAGACGGAGAGUGAUUGUGCCGUCGGCACAGAGCUGCCAUGUCAACACUUCAGGCAGUUCCUCUACCAGGAGGCCAAAGGCCCCCGAGAGGUUUGCAGCCAGCUCCGGGAACUUUGCCAUCGAUGGCUGAAGCCGGAGAUGCACACAAAGGAGCAGAUUCUGGAGUUGGUGGUCCUGGAGCAGUUCCUGGCUGUCCUGCCCACAGAGAUGGAGAGCUGGGUAAGGGAAGGUGAGCCGGAGACCUGCACCGAAGCGGUAGUCCUGGCGGAGGAGUUCCUGCUGAGGAGGGAAGAAGCCAAGAAACAGCAAGGGCAGAUGCUGGGCCUCGUCCCCGAGAGGAUUCCAUCACAACACGUUCAGAGGCCGCUUGGCGGGGAGGACAAAGAGGCGAGCGAAAGGGAUGCCCACCCAGUUGAGAUCAAUGGACAGCCAAUCAAAGAUGAGGAGAGUUGUGGGCAGAUGGAAAUGCUGGUAACAGAAGAAUUUUCUAGACUUCAUGGGAUGGAAGAGAGCUGUGGCACUCUGAACAGACCAAAGGGAUCCCAGGAAAAUACCACAGAGGUUGCAGGAGGGAAUUUGUACGUAUGCCCUGACUGCGGGAAAGGAUUCUGCAAGAAAUCUAGCCUUACAAACCACAAAAGAAGAACCCACAAAGGAGGAAAGCCACAUACGUGCUCUAUUUGUGGAGGUAGCUUCCGUCAACGCUUGGAUCUCAUUAAACACCAGAGAAUCCACACAGGGGAGAAACCAUACAAAUGCUCCAUCUGUCAGAAAUGCUUCGGUCACAGAUCCAAUCUAGUUGUGCACAAGAGAUCCCAUACGGGAGAGAAGCCAUAUUGCUGUUCGUAUUGUGGGAAAAGCUUUGGUCAGAGCUCAGGUCUCGUUACACAUGAAAGAAUUCACACAGGUGUAAAGCCUUAUAAAUGCUCCAAGUGCGGAAAUAGCUUUCGCCAGCAGUCGGACCUUGUUAAACAUGAGAGGAUCCACACAGGAGAGAAACCGUAUCAGUGCUCCAUAUGUGGAAAAAGUUUCAGUCAGAAAUCAAGUCACAUGGUCCAUGAAAGAUCUCACAGAAGGGAGAAGUCAUAUCCAUGCUCUGAGUGCGAAAUGAGCUUUCAUCAGCACUUGGAUCUCAUUAAACAUGAGAGGAUCCACAUGGGACAGAAACCGUAUAAAUGCUCUGUGUGUGGGAAGAGUUUCAGUCAGAAAUCAAAACUUACAGUCCAUGAAAAGCAUCACACGGGGGACAUGCCAUAUUGGUGCCUUGAAAACGGGCAGGCCUUCUGCCAGCAUGCAGAUUGCAUUAAGCCCCAUGCAAUCCACACAGAGAAACCAUUCAAAUGCUCUACAUGUGAGAGAAGCUUCCUUUCCCGAUCAAGCCUUAUUUCACACGAAAGAUCCCAUACAGAAGAAAAGAGAUUUAAAUGCUCUGAUUGUGGGAAAAGCUUUCAUCGGAGUUCUGAUUUCAUGAAGCAUCAGAGAACCCACACAGGAGAGAAGCCGUACCAGUGCUCCAUGUGUGGGAAAAGCUUCAGUGACAAAUCAAACCUCAUUGUACAUGAAAGAUCUCACACAGGAGAGAGGCCGUUUCAAUGCUCCCAUUGUGGAACUUGCUUCCUUCGGAAACAAGAUCUCAUUAAACACCAGAAAAUCCACACAGGCGAGAGACCUUACAAAUGCUCCAUGUGUGAGAAAAGUUUUGGUCGGAGAUCAACUCUUACUGUCCAUGAAAAAAUCCACAGGGGAGUGAAGCCGCAUAAGUGUUCUGAGUGUGGAAGUGGCUUCCGCCGGAAAUCAGAGCUUGUUGAACACAAGAGGAAACACACAGGGGAGAAACCAUUUAAAUGUUCUGUGUGCGAGAAGAGCUUUCGCCAGCAAUCCUAUCUUGUUUUACAUGAAAGGACUCACACAGGAGAGAAGCCGUUUAAGUGCUGUUAUUGUGAGGCUUGCUUUUCUCGGAACUCUGAUCUCAAGAAGCACCAGAGAAUCCACACAGGAGAGAAGCCAUACCAGUGCUCUAUGUGUGACAAAAGCUUCAGUGACAAAUCAAAUCUUACAGGACAUAUAAGAUCUCACACGAGAGAGAAGCCAUUUAAGUGUUGUUCUUGUGAGGCUUGUUUCUCUCGGAAUGCAGAUCUCAAUAAGCACCAGAGAAUCCACACAGGAGAGAAGCCAUAGCAGCGCUCCUUGUCUGGGGAAAGCUUCAGUGACAAAUAAAACUUGGAGGAUUUCACCUCAAAGCCAUAUAUAUGCUGUUCUUGUGAAGCUGAUUCUACUCAGAAUUCAGAUAUCAGUAAGCACCAGAGGAUCUCAAUCUGCUUUCCAGGACCUUAUCCGAUGUUUUAUUGCAUUACAAUAAUUUCUCUUAUACCCUCCCCUGAAAUCCAAAAUCAAAGAGGAGCAGGAUAAAAAUGUUUUAAUAAAUGGAAUCCAUGCAAGAAUGAAACUGUAGCUGUAUCCCUUGUGUGAGAAAAGCUUCAGUGACAAAGAAAUCUUACCGGAUAUGCAAGUUCUCAGCUGUUUAAGGUCUCUGUGGGUGGAACGUCUGUUGGCACUCAGAUCUUGUUAAACACCAGAUAAUUCACACAGGAGAGAAACAAAUGUACAACUUGUUCCGUCUGUUGAAAUGAACUUAAUUCAGAAAUCAACUCUUACUGUACAUAAAAGAUCUCACUUGUAAGAGAAGCUUGACAAAUGUCUGAGUUGACAAAUGCUUGAGCCCAGCUUUGGUCCACCAGAGAUGUGAAGGCAGGACAUAGCCAUCAAGGCUUAUCCUCCAUGAAUCUGUCUAAUCCUCUUUUAAAGACAUCCAAGUUGGUGGCCAUCACUACCUCUUGUGGGAGCGAAUUCGAAGAGGCUUUAGAAGAUUAGACUAAUUAAUGGAGAAUAAGGCUAUCAAUGGCAUACUACCCAGGAUGGCUAUGCUCUGUCUCCACACUAUGAGGCAGUAUGCUUUUGAAUACCAGAAACCAGGGGAAGGGAGAGUGCUCUCGUGCUCUGGUCCUGCUUGCGGGCUUCCCAUAGGCAUGUGGGUGACCACUGUGAGAAGAGGAUGCUGAACUAGAUGGGUCACUGGCCUGAUCCAGCAGGGCUCUUCUUAUCUUAACUUAGUUGAAUUAAACCCUCUCUUCCUGUGUAAUGGGCAAAAACAAUCUUAAAACAUGCAGAUUAAAAGUCAGAAUAGGAAUAAGAUGGACAUGCGAAACUACCUUCAGCUGAAGCAGACCAUUAAUGCAUCUUCCAAACCCCAGUAUUGUUGUGGAAUUGGCAGUGACUGCAGGGUCUCAGCAAAGCAAAGUCUUUCUCAUCUGCUGAGGCCCUUUUAACUCAGGAGCAGGGUACCUGUGGCCCGUGGAGAGCUGCUGCCAGUCUGAGUACAGCUGAGUAGAGCUUCCUUCCAUCUGUGCUGCAGAUGAACUCCCAGGUACCACCAGCCCCAGCCAGCACGACUGGUCUUCAGGGUUGAUGGAAGUUAUAGUCCAGCAACAUCUAGAUGGCCCUAGGUUCCCUACCCAUGUUUUAACGAGAGAUGGUGGGGACUGAAUCUGUGAGCUUGGCGUGCAAAGCAGGUGCUCUAUCAAUGAGCUACAGUCCUCUUGCAAAGAACUAGGAAUGUUAGAAACUGCCUUAUACUGAACUGGAACCCCUAGCUCAGUAUUGUCUAUAGUAAAAAAAUUCCUUUAUAAAAAAAUUCCUUUUGGAAAUGCAAGAGCCCAACGCGUUUCAGCUUGUGGAUUCAAGCCUUCAUCAGGGGCUAAAAUACAUAAAAGAUUUUUUGAACUUGCUUUAAAAAUACAUUCAGACAUUUUAAACACACAGUCAAAAUUAUAAUUAUACAGUCAAAAUUAUAUGUACAUCUUAUUUAAAUAGAAUUGGAUACCAUGAUUCCUAAUGGGUUAAAUGAGGAAUUCAACCUCCUGCCUUUACUUUGAUUUAAAGAAAGAAUAGUCAACUCAAAUCAGGUGUGAUGAACUAAUUAUCAAGCUGGUUCAAUUUAUUGUAUGUUUCUGAGCUUUAUAUUUCUGGGUUUGGUUUUGGUUCUUUACGUGCUAACAGCUAUAAGGAAAACAACAGUGAAAGUUGGUCUCUAUAUGUUGUUGAAGAGUGAAUUUCUGUAAGUAUAUUUUGAGAUUAUUUUAAGUUAAAAGCAAUAUUGUUGUAGAAGCAUCUCUGAAACUGUUUUUCUUACGCUAAAAAAAUC